GACAGAAAUCUCUGGACAACUUCGGAAACUACUUGCCCAAACUUACCCAGCUGAAAAUGAACAACAGUUUGAUCUCAUCUGUGCGGGAUCUGGGAACCGGUCUUUCCCACCUGCAGGUCUUGUGUCUGGCUCGAUGCAGUCUGACCGACCUGGAGGGCAUUUCUGCUCUUUCCUCCUUAAAGGAGCUGUACGUGGCCUUCAACCGCAUCUCCGAGCUGAGUCCAGUCAGUUUGCUGGAGGAUCUGGAGCUGCUGGAUCUGGAGGAGAACGAGCUUGAAGAUCUGGCUCAGUUGUGGUAUUUGGGCCGUUGUGUGAAGCUCAGGACUCUGUCUCUGGAAGGAAACCCUGUGUGCCCCCGUCCCGCUCCAGGAGCCUCCGAGGUACACCGAGAGUCAUCUCCCUCCUCUUCUCCUUCUUUCGUGAUGCAUGUGGUUUCCAGAAUUCACUUCUCUUCCAAAAGGAAUUGA